GUGCAUCCGGUCACGCGUUUCCGCCGCGCGUGGCCGCCAGCGGCGCCGGGGCCGUGACCGAGACCGAGCACGAGCUCGAGCUCCGCUCCGGGAUGUUCCGCAUCGAGGGGCUGGGGCCCAAGAUGGACCCGGAGGAGCUCCGGCGGAAGAUGCGCCGCGACGUCCUCGCCUCCGUCCGCAACUUCCUCAUCUACGUCGCGCUGCUGCGGAUCACGCCCUUCGUGCUCAAGAAGCUGGACAGUAUAUGACCCCUCCGGGCUCAGCGCGCGCGCUGCGGAUGGAGCUGCAGCUGCUCUCCCCCGGGUGCUCGUCGGGUGUGGUGUCAGAGGCGGCCAGACGGCUCCACACGCCUCAGCUCAGCGUGUCCAGCCGGGAGUGACCGCCGGGCUGGCAGCAUGGGCAGCACCCCUGGUCCCUGCGGGAGAUUCUGGCCGUGCAAUGCUCAGCAGUGUGCUCAGGCAGGGGCUCGUGACAGAACGUUCCCUUGUGCUGUGAACAAAGCCCCUGUCCAUGUGCUGCCCACCCCACCCACCUGUCCCUGCGCAACGUCCGGUCUGCCCUGCACCCAGCUCACAAACAGUUUGAUUUGAAAUAAAUGGGAGAGCAGCUGUG